AGCUAAUCCAGACUUGCAAUCAAUUAACGCGUCAAUCGCGGAGCAUUUGCACUACUCGCGGGCUCGUGCUAUAAAAGCUCCAUCCUCGUCAGGGCUGGGCUUACCCCGAUGGCAGGCUUGUCUGGGCAUUCAAACCAUUGACCACGACUAGCUCUACUAAGAAAAUCAUUUCCUGAACUGCUAUCGCCAUGGCCCCCGGAGCCAUCAUCGAGGAGCCCGCCUCUGCCACCCGCUCCAUCCCCGUAAAAGCAUGGAGCCGUCCCGCGCCCACAACCGAGCCCCUGGAAUGGGCACCCCUGCCCCAAAUCGACCUCAGCCGCUUCGACGAGCCCGGUGGCAAAGAAUCUCUCGCGCGGGAUUUGUACGACGCACUAACGCGCGUCGGGUUCUGGGUCGUUACGGGCCACGGGAUCGACGACGAGCGCGUCCUGCGGCAGUUUAGCUUUGGCGAUGCGUUCUUCAAGCAGCCGAUUGAGGAGAAGAGGUUUUUCCCCUGUAAUUUUGCCGAGGGCGAGUACUUUGGGUAUCGUGAGAAUUCGAGGUGGAUUGGCGAUACGGGGGUCAAGGAUAAUGUUGAGAUGCUGAACAUCCCCAAAGCAAUCCCCGAAUGGGACUCGGUCCCGCGCCACAAAAUCGUGCAGGAGAACUACGAGGAAAUCGCCUCGUUCCACCGGGACCUGUUCGAGAAAGUCGCGCACAAGCUCUUCGUGCUGAUGAGCAUCAUUCUCGAGCUCCCCGAAAACUACCUCAGCGACGCCCACGCGUACGACAAUCGCUCGGACGACCACCUGCGCUACAUGAUCUACAACGUGCGCACGCAGGAAGAGUGGGAUAAGGCGCAGGGGUACAGUAAGGGCGGGCACACGGAUUUUGGGAGUCUGACGCUGCUGUUUUCGCAGCAUGUUGCGGGGCUGCAGAUUCGCACGCCGGAGGGCGAGUGGAAGUGGGUGAAGCCCGUCGAGGGGGGGAUUACGUGCAAUGCGGCGGAUACGCUUACUUUCCUGACCAAAGGAUUCAUAAAAUCAACCGUCCACCGCGUCGUCACGCCACCCAAGGACCAAAUCAACAUCGCCCGUCUGGGCCUCCUAUACUUUGCCCGGCCCGGCGACAACACGAUCAUGAAGCCCGUUCCGUCGCCGCUGCUCGACAGGCUGGGUCUUUUGACGGACGAGGACAAGGAUCCGAACGCUGUUGCUCCAACGGGGACAGAGUAUGUUCGGGCGCGUGUCAAGGACGUGCACCACAAGACUGUGCUUACGCGCCGCGAGAACACGCAGUUUGAGUUUAAGGGGUUGAAGGUUGAGAAUUAUUACGAGUAG